AAUUUAAUAAAUAUGGCGAUUACCGGAAGUCUAUGGUUUCUGUCGUUCUUUCUAUAAUUUGACACACGUGCCGCGUGGAGUUUUGCCUCGCAGCACAAUGGUGGCGACAACAGACAAAAAGGCUCCGGCCGAGAAGAAGGUAGUUAAGGGCAAGGAAGACAGCAAGAAGCUUCCCGCAGUCCCUGAGUCAGUUCUCAAGCACCGUAAACGCAGGGAGGCUCUCAGAACCCGUCGUAUUCAGGUAACGAUCAAAAGGCGUUCCGCUGCCCACAAGAAGAGGAAAGAAAUCUUCAAGAGGGCUGAACAGUAUGUUAAGGAAUACCGCAUCAAGGAACGUGAUGAGAUCAGGCUGGCCAGACAGGCACGCAACCGAGGCAACUACUAUGUUCCCGGUGAAGCUAAGCUUGCUUUCGUCAUUCGUAUCCGUGGUAUCAACCAAGUCUCACCUAAGGUACGCAAAGUCCUCAAGCUGUUCAGAUUGCGUCAAAUUAACAACGGUGUCUUCAUCAAGCUGAACAAGGCCACAGUCAACAUGAUGCGUAUUGCUGAGCCCUACAUCACUUGGGGAUACCCCAACCUGAAGAGUGUUCGUGAGCUGAUCUACAAGCGUGGUUUCGCUAAAGUGAAGGGACAACGUGUACCCAUCACUUCCAACAAGGUCAUUGAAGAGAAACUUAGCAAGAGCAACAUCAUCUGUGUGGAGGACCUCAUCCACGAAAUCUUCACUGUCGGUGAUAAGUUCAAGUAUGCAAGCAAUUUCUUAUGGCCAUUCAAGCUGAACAAUCCGACCGGAGGCUGGCGCAAGAAGACCAUCCACUAUGUCGACGGCGGUGACUUCGGUAACCGUGAGGACAAGAUCAACGAGCUCCUCAGGAGAAUGGUCUAAAUAAAUAGAUUAUAAUUUUAAAAUUAA